ACGUACUCCGGCCUCUUCUGCGUGGUGGUGAACCCGUACAAGCGGCUGCCCAUCUACACAGAAAACAUCAUGGAGCGCUACAAGGGCAUCAAGAGGCACGAGGUUCCUCCGCACGUGUUCGCCAUCACCGACUCGGCCUACCGCUCCAUGCUGCAAGACCGCGAGGACCAGUCCAUCUUGUGCACGGGCGAGUCUGGCGCCGGCAAGACCGAGAACACGAAGAAGGUGAUCCAGUACCUGGCCUACGUUGCGGCCUCCAAGCCCAAGAGCUCCACAUCCCCAUAUGCGCCUCCAAGUCCUGCCCUGAUCAUUGGCGAACUUGAACAGCAGUUGCUCCAAGCCAAUCCUAUUCUUGAAGCCUUCGGGAAUGCAAAGACAGUCAAAAAUGACAACUCUUCAAGAUUCGGUAAAUUCAUCCGCAUCAACUUUGAUGCAUCAGGGUUCAUUGCAGGGGCAAAUAUUGAAACCUACCUCCUUGAAAAGUCUCGUGCCAUCAGACAAGCUAAAGAUGAAAGGACUUUCCACAUUUUCUACCAGAUUCUUGCUGGGGCCACACCUGAACAGAAAAAGGAGUACAUUUUGGAAGAUGCCAAAAGCUACCCAUUUUUAUCUCAAGGCAUGCUUCCUGUGCCUGGUGUUGAUGAAGUUGCUGAGUUCAGAUCCACAGUCAAUGCUAUGGGAAUCAUGGGCAUGACAGCAGAAGAUCUUUCUUCAAUAUUUAGGAUUGUUUCAGCUGUAAUGCUGUUUGGCAGUAUGCAAUUCAAACAGGAACGUAAUUCAGACCAAGCCACACUGCCUGACAAUACAGUAGCCCAGAAAGUUGCUCACUUGCUUGGUUUAGGAGUCACAGAAAUGACCAAAGCCUUUUUGAAGCCUCGUAUCAAAGUUGGACGAGACUUUGUAACUAAAGCACAGACAAAGGAGCAGGUUGAAUUUGCUGUUGAAGCAAUCUCUAAAGCUUGCUAUGAGCGAAUGUUCCGCUGGCUUGUCAAUCGCAUCAAUAGGUCUUUGGACAGAACCAAACGUCAGGGUGCUUCCUUCAUUGGCAUCUUAGAUAUGGCUGGUUUUGAAAUUUUUGAACUGAACUCCUUUGAGCAAUUGUGUAUCAAUUAUACUAAUGAAAAGCUUCAACAACUCUUCAAUCAUACAAUGUUCAUCUUGGAGCAAGAAGAGUACCAACGAGAAGGUAUUGAAUGGAAGUUCAUUGAUUUUGGUCUUGAUCUCCAGCCUACCAUUGACCUCAUUGAUAAGCCCAUGGGUAUCAUGGCCUUAUUAGAUGAAGAAUGUUGGUUCCCUAAGGCUACAGACAAGACAUUUGUUGAGAAACUUGUUGGUACCCACAAUGUUCAUCCAAAGUUCAUGAAAACUGAUUUCCGAGGGCAGGCAGAUUUUGCCAUUAUCCAUUAUGCUGGCAAAGUUGACUAUUUAGCUGACAAAUGGCUCAUGAAGAAUAUGGACCCUUUGAAUGAAAAUGUUGUUUCACUACUUCAGAACUCACAGGAUGCAUUUGUGAUGCACAUUUGGAAAGACGCUGAAAUUGUUGGAAUGGCGCAGCAAGCCAUGACCGACACUCAGUUUGGUGCACGGACCCGCAAGGGAAUGUUCCGCACUGUGUCACAACUAUACAAAGAGCAGCUUGCUAAGCUCAUGGUCACUCUUCGAAAUACCAACCCUAACUUUGUUAGGUGUAUCAUACCUAACCAUGAAAAACGUGCUGGGAAAAUCGAUGCCCCCUUAGUUCUUGACCAAUUGCGUUGCAAUGGUGUAUUAGAAGGAAUUCGUAUCUGCAGACAAGGCUUCCCUAACCGAAUUCCCUUCCAAGAGUUCCGCCAACGAUAUGAGCUUCUUACACCCAAUGUUAUACCUAAAGGUUUUAUGGAUGGAAAGAAGGCAUGUGAAAAGAUGAUCAGUGCACUUGAACUUGAUCCAAAUCUUUUCAGAGUUGGUCAGUCAAAGAUUUUCUUCAGGGCUGGUGUCCUUGCUCAUCUUGAAGAAGAACGAGACUAUAAGAUUACAGAUUUGAUUGUGAAUUUCCAGGCCUUCUGCCGUGGAUACUUGGCUCGCCGCAACUAUCAGAAACGCCUGCAACAGCUAAAUGCAAUUCGUAUAAUUCAGAGAAACUGCUCUGCAUAUUUAAAGCUUAGGAAUUGGCAAUGGUGGCGUUUGUAUACUAAAGUGAAGCCACUUCUCGAAGUAACUAAACAGGAAGAGAAACUGACCCAAAAAGAGGAUGAGCUCAAGCAAAUCCGUGAAAAGUUGGACAUGCAACUGCGCAGUUCUCAGGAAUAUGAAAGAAGAUUGCAGACAGCAGUGGAAGAGAAAAAUGUCCUUGCUGAACAGCUUCAGGCAGAAGUUGAACUAUGUGCUGAGGCAGAAGAGAUGCGAGCCCGCCUAGCCGCGCGUAAACAAGAACUUGAAGAUAUACUGCAUGAAAUGGAGGCUAGAAUUGAAGAGGAAGAAGAAAGGGCCACUAAUUUAAGUAAUGAAAAGAAGAAACUGCAACUCAAUAUUCAGGAUCUGGAAGAGCAACUGGAGGAAGAAGAAGGUGCUAGACAGAAGCUACAGCUAGAAAAAGUUCAGUGUGAUGCAAAACUCAAGAAACUUGAAGAGGAUGUCGCUCUUAGUGAAGACACGAACCAGAAGCUUCUGAAAGAAAGGAAAAUUUUAGAAGAGAGGGCAUCAGACCUUGCUCAGACUUUGGCUGAAGAAGAAGAAAAAGCCAAGCAUCUGGCCAAAUUGAAAUCAAAACAUGAAGCCACAAUUGCAGAGCUAGAGGAGAAACUUCUUAAAGACCACCAGCAAAGACAGGAAAUGGACAGAAGCAAGCGCAAAGUUGAAACAGAAGUUAGUGACCUUCGUGAACAGCUUAAUGAACGCAAGUCCCAAGUUGAAGAGCUGCAGCUCCAAUUAGGUAAACGAGAAGAGGAACUAACUCAAGCUCUUAUGAAAAUUGAUGAGGAAGGAGCAGGAAAAGCUCAGUCUCAGAAAGCACUGAGGGAAAUGGAAUCGCAGCUGGCAGAACUCCAGGAGGAUUUGGAAGUUGAAAAGGCUGCCCGGAGCAAAGCUGAGAAACAGAAGCGGGAUCUUAAUGAGGAACUGGAGGCUUUGAAAAAUGAGCUCUUGGAUUCCUUGGACACCACUGCAGCACAGCAAGAACUCCGAAGCAAGCGUGAACAAGAAUUAGCAACUCUAAAGAAAUCUCUUGAAGAAGAUACUCAAAUUCAUGAAGUCACCAUGGCUGAUUUGAGGCACAAACACAGCCAAGAAAUAACAACCAUUAAUGAACAAUUAGAAGUCUUAAAGAAGACCAAAGCCCAAUUAGAGAAAGUAAAACAGACAUUGGAAGCAGAAAAUGCUGAUCUUGCAACUGAAUUGCGGUCUGUUGGUGCUAAUCGUCAAGAAUCUGAAAGGAGAAGGAAACAAGCAGAAGCACAGCUUGCAGAAAUGCAAGCAAAGGUGGCUGAAGUAGACAGAGCUAAAGCAGAGCUCGCUGAACGAGCUGCUAAACUGCAGGCUGAAGCGGAAUCAAUAAAUGCCCAAUUAGAAGAAGCAGGAAUGCGAGCAAGUGCUGCUGUUAAAAGUGCAGCAACAAUGGAAACUCAGCUUCAGGAAGCGCAAACACUGUUAGAGGAGGAAACACGUCAGAAAUUAGCUCUUAGUUCACGCCUUCGUCAGGUGGAAAGUGAAAAGGAUGCUUUGCAUGAACAAUUGGAAGAGGAAGAAGAAGCAAAGAAGAAUCUAGAAAAGCAGGUUGUAGCUCUGACUCAACAAGCAAUUGAGCUGAAGAAAAGAGCUGAUGAUGAGGGUGAACAAGUUGCAAUUCUUGAGGAAAGCAGAAAGAAAAUUGCCAAGGAUAUUGAAAGUCUUCAGAGACAAGUUCAAGAGUUGCAAGCUGCUAAUGACAAACUUGACAAAUCCAAACGAAAGCUACAGGCCGAAUUGGAAGAUGCCAAUAUUGACCUGGAAACACAGCGUGCCAAGGUUCUAGAGCUGGAGAAGAAACAGCGCAACUUUGACAAGGUUCUCUCUGAAGAAAAGGCCAUUUCUGAACAGCACGCAGCAGAAAGGGAUGCUGCCGAAAGAGAAGCUCGGGAAAAGGAAACUAAAGUUCUUUCCCUCACUCGUGAAUUAGAAGAUCAAACCGAAAAGAUAGAGGAACUUGAAAGAGUAAGACGUCAACUGCAAGCUGAACUAGAUGAGCUGGCUAACAACCAGGGAACUGCAGACAAAAAUGUACAUGAGUUGGAAAAGGCAAAGAGAGUGCUGGAGAGCCAGUUAGCUGAGCAGAAAGCACAAAAUGAGGAACUGGAAGAUGAAUUACAAAUGACUGAAGAUGCUAAAUUAAGGUUGGAAGUGAACAUGCAAGCAUUACGUGCACAGCUGGAACGUGAAUUGCAGGCCAAAGAAGAACAGGCUGAGGAGAAAAGAAGAGGUCUCAUUAAACAAUUACGGGAUAUUGAAGCAGAACUUGAAGAUGAGCGCAAACAGCGUACAGCUGCUUUGGCAUCUCGCAAGAAGCUUGAGGCAGAUUAUAAGGACAUGGAACAGCAACUGGAAAUGCAUAGUAAAGUAAAGGAAGAUGCUUUGAAACAGUUGAAAAAAUUGCAGGUACAAGUCAAGGAUAGCUCACGGGAUGCUGAAGAAGCUCGUUCUGCUCGUGAUGAGCUGGCCAUUGUAGCAAAGGAAGCAGAAAGGAAAUUGAAAUCCCUAGAAGCUGAAAUGCUGCAAAUGACAGAGGACUUGGCGAGUGCAGAGAGGUGCCGUCGUGCUGCUGAAGCUGAAAGGGAUGAACUUCAAGAAGAAAUUAGCAACAGUGCCAACAAAGGAACACUUCUGGUUGAUGAAAAGAGACGUUUGGAGGCCCACAUUGCUCAGCUUGAAGAGGAGCUUGAAGAAGAGCACAGCAAUUCUGAAAUGCUCAUGGAUAGAGCAAGAAAGGCUCAAAUCACUAUAGAACAGCUCACUACAGAUCUUGCAUCUGAGCGUUCUCAAACUCAAAAACUUGAAAGCCAUCGCAAUGUUUUGGAACGCCAAAAUAAGGAGUUGAAGGCUAAGUUGACUGAAAUGGAAACAAACCAGCGAACUAAGACCAAAGCAACACUUGCAACCCUUGAGUCCAAGAUCAAUAAUCUUGAAGAACAGCUUGAUAGUGAAACUAAGGAGAGGUUUACACAGCAGAAGCUUAACCGUAAGCUUGAUAAGAAAUUAAAGGAACUUGCAAUGCAGCUGGAGGAUGAGCGAAGACAUGCGGACCAAUAUAAGGAGCAAGUAGAAAAGGUGAACACUAAAGUUAAAAUGCUUAAACGUCAAAUUGAAGAAGCAGAAGAAGAAAUAGCAAGAGAAAAAGCUCAGAAGCGAAAGGCGCAGCGAGAAAUGGAGGACAUGAUGGAAUCACACGAGUCCAUGUCUCGGGAGCUCACCAACCUUAAAAAUAAACUGAGACGGGGACCAAGUACUGGCAUUGGUGGAUUAGUUGGUUCAAGGUUGAGUUCAGCUAUAAGAGGUUCUAUUCCCACUGGUGCUGAUGAUUCCCUAGCCCAAGAUGAGUCCAUUGAUGGGGAAGAAGUUGCCAACUAGACCAGCGUUUGUUGUCAUUUUGUAUGAGUCCUUAUAACUCUUAAAGUAACUCAUCAAUGCUACUUUGGGAACAUUUGGUUCAAGUUUGCUGCCAUAAGUUGUUAAUGUUGAGUGUCUUGGUAUUUCAAACACUCUUUUGAACACUGCGCUGUGCUGCAGAUGUAGUAUUAUAUCUUUUUAUACCUCGUGGUUUCUUUUUUUUAUAUAAAACUGGAAAGUAUAGUGACUGAUGUGCUGUUUUGCUGGUGUGGAUCGCCAGCUGUGUCUUCCUUGGUGCCUCAUGUAUGCUGUCAUGAAUAUUGUGGUUGAAUCCGCAACAUAUUUUUGUAUGAUUUCAUCCACCCACAUAUUUGUUUCAGUUGUGCAUUUGUAGAUAGUAUAAGAAUUUAACCACAAUUGAUAAAAAUGAUAAGUAUUGUAAUUAAAUUGGGCACUAAUUUUAUUGCCUGCCUCAUUUAUAAUGGCAUUCACAUCAUGGCAAUCAUGUGAAUAGUAUUGUCACAAAUAAUACCAUGUAUGUUGUUAAAACAUUUUUAUCCUGAGGGAUUCUGCUUAAUGGUUUGUUACUUACAAUGGAAUUUCUUAUGACUGACUAUAUUGGAAAAGUCUACAUUACAUUAACUUAUUUUAUCAUGUUUAAAGUAAAGAGAUCUGAAAUUGUAGGAGGUGGUACAGAACAUUCCCCCGGUUUUGGGCCCUUUUUUUAAUUAAAAAAAAUGUCAUUCCAAAACAAUCUAUGGAAAGAUAGUUUUGAUGCAGUUAGCUUUUGUUUAACUAACCUUAUUAAAUUAUCUUAACUUCAUAGGAUUAAAUUUGCAUCUCAGAUUAGCCACAUUCAAGAGGACCACUUAGAGAAGAGACUGCUAUUUUUUUUGUACUGCAUGUCUUUUCUUGAGUAGGCUUGUUCCUUUGGUACUUUGGAUGAAGUGUCAGGGGUAUUGGCCUCCUUCCUUUUUAGUCACUGUUACAUGCUGUGCCACUGUGCCAUUAACUGUACCCCGCGUUAGGGGUAAAGUUGGUGGGAAACACAUGGGUUCCUUGGUGUGUGAUAUGUAGAGCCAUUAUUGAUCUGGUAUCAGUUCUAGAGAGUGCUUGAAGGUGCACUCUUUGUAGAACUUGAGCCAGACUGGUUUUUAUAAGUACCUAAAUGCAAGGUAUGUGUUUUGUGAGAUUCAAAGAUAAUGCUAAAGGUUAGUUCUUUCUGCUCUUAAUGGCAAUUUAUUCUUGAAACUAAUUUGCACUGUGUCCCUCAGUUCUGGCUCAAUACUGAUGCAGUUUUAGGUAUUUUAAGCUCAGUUAUUUUGUGAAGCAGAUAACUGAAUCUAACAAAUUUUGUUGCCUUUUCAGUGUUGUAAUAAAAUGUGUAUAAAUUGUUUUAGAUAUUUUCAAAAUGUUUUCGUUUAUAAUUUAAAGUGAUCAAGCUCACUCUUUUAUGUAAUUGUCUACCAUCUUUUUAUUUUAAAAAAAUACACUGUUGCAUAGGGUGAAAUCAUAAAAUGAAUGAAUGGGGUUGUUAAACGUGUGAGAAAGUGAUAGAGUAUUGUAUAUAGCUAAAAAUGAUUUAUAACCAUAACUGGAAUGCAUUGAUGUAAUUAAAAAUGAACUGUCUUACAGGUAUGGGAUUCAGAGUCAGUCUGACAUACUUAUUAAUUAAUAUCAGAUCAUUUAUUCGGUCUGAAUCUUGUUCAAAACCAUGCUGAAUAAACCCAAUUUUAUUAUA